AGCACAGUGCCCUGCAAGGCCCUUUCCCGAGUUCCUUCUGCGCAUGUGCUGCCCCGCCCACUGUCGCCAUCUUUUUUCCGGAAAUCCAGAUGUUGUGGCUGCCCUUAUCACUUCUGCAGGCUGAGGUGUUGACUUUUGCGUCCCUGAAGCUGUAAUUCCAGAGUCCUCUACAUGUUUCCACGAACAAAGAAAAUGAAUACAUCUCCAGUGUUGGUGUCAUUUGAGGACUUGGCUGUGGAUUUUACCUGGGAGGAGUGGCAGGACCUGGACAGUGCUCAGAGGACCCUGUAUAGGGAUGUGAUGCUGGAGACCUACAGCAGCCUGCUGUCCUUGGGAUUCUGCAUUACCAAACCUGAGGUGAUCUUCAAGUUGGAACAAGGAGCAGAACCAUGGACGGUAGAAGAAUCCCUAAACCAGAGCGUCUCAGUUGUCCAGAAAAUUGAUGAUGUGAUUGAGACCGGCCAAGAAAAUCAAGACAUAAAUUUCUGGCAGUUUGUAAUUGCAAACAGUAAUACAUCAACUAAGGAAAGAGUUGAAUUAAGAAAAACAUGUAAUUGGAGCCCAAACUAUAUUUCAGAACUGAUUUUGAGGAAUGGAAGUUAUUCAAGACUGGGGCCUCAUGUGUUCAAUAUCUAUCAGAAUGUGCUCCUUCCUAGCGAGCCUGCUGAGAUGCAAGCUGAAGUGAAACUUCGUGAAUACCAUAUGACUGGGAAUUCUCUCAGAGGCUGUGAGCAUCUUGGUGAGCAUUAUGGGAUUCACACUUUGCAUCAGCCUUUUGAAUAUAAUGAACAAGGGGAAACCCUCAACAGUGAAGAAUUAUUCUUUACACAUAAGAUGAUUCAAAUGGGAGAGACCUCCUAUAAAUACAGUGAAUAUGGAAAGCCCUGUGAUCGGUCAGCUCUCAUUGUUGGAGAGACAACUCACACAGGAAAGGAAGCAUUCUAUGAAAAGUUUAAUCUCACUGAACGCAAGCAGACACACAGAGACGAGAAACUCUCUGAAUGUACUGCAUUUGGGGAAACUUUCAUUAGCAAAGCAGAUCUUAUACUAAAUCAGAGACCACAUAUAGGGAUAUAUGAGAAACCUUUCAUCUGUAGACCGAACCUUACUAUCCAUCACAGAGUUCACCCAGAGGGCAAGCCCUACGAAUGCAAUGAAUGUGGAAAGACAUUCUACCACAAGUCAAACUGCAGCAGACAUCAGAGGACUCACACAGGGGAAAAGCCCUAUGAGUGUAAUGAGUGUGGGAAAACCUUCUUCAGGAAGUCACACCUCAGCAUGCAUCAGAGAACUCACACAGGGGAAAAGCCCUAUGGAUGUAACGAGUGUGGGAAAACCUUCUACCACAAGUCACAUCUCCGCAUGCAUCAGAGAACUCACACAGGGGAGAAGCCUUAUGUUUGUAAUGAAUGUGGGAAAGCCUUCUUUAGGAAGUCGCAUCUGCGCAUGCACCACAGAAUCCACACAGGGGAAAAGCCCUAUGGAUGUAACGAGUGUGGGAAAACCUUCUACCACAAGUCACACCUCAGCAUGCACCAGAGAACUCACACAGGGGAGAAGCCUUAUGGAUGUAACGAGUGUGGAAAGACCUUCUGCAGGAAGUCACACCUCAGCAUGCAUCAGAGAACUCACAGAGGGGAAAAGCCCUAUGAAUGUAAUGAGUGUGGGAAAACCUUCUACCAGAAGUCGAACCUCAGCAAGCAUCAGAGAAUUCACACAGGGGAAAAGCCCUAUGCAUGUAGUGAAUGUGGGAAAACAUUCUGUCAGAGGUCACAUCUCAGCAUGCACCAGCGAACUCAUACAGGGGAAAAACCUUACGAAUGUAAUGAAUGUGGAAAAAACUUUUACCGAAAGUCAGACCUGACUAUACAUCAGAGAACUCACACAGGGGAAAAACCCUAUGAAUGUAGUGAAUGUGGAAAGACUUUUUGCCAGAAGUCACAUCUCAGCAGGCAUCACAGAACCCACACAGGGGAAAAACCGUACGAAUGUAAUGAAUGUGGCAAAACUUUCUGUCGCAAGUCAAACCUCAUUAUGCAUCAGAGCAUUCACACAGGGGAAAAGCCCUAUGCGUGUAAUGAAUGUGGGAAAACUUUCUGCCGGAAGUCAUACCUCAGGACCCAUCAAAGAACUCAUUCACGUGGGAAAGCAUAUGAAUAUAAAGAAUGGCAGAACUUUCUACUCUAAGGGCUCAUUGAAUGUCAUAAAUCACACAAAAGGAAAUUCUAUAAACGUGAUAAAUGGGGAGAAACCUUUUGUAAGUCAAACCUCGACAAAUGUCACACAAAGAAGGCACCCUAAGUGUAAUGCAUAUGGGAAAACUUUUUGGCA